AAUGGCUUUGCGGUACGACGAGCAGAAGACGCCAUUUGUUGACUUUGGAAAUGGGGUAAAGCUGGCACUGAAUUUGGACGAGUUUACGGAUGUGGCAGCGAAGGAAAAGGCAGCGAAAGAGUUACGCGAAACGCCCGACGUGAUGGAUGCGUCCAUCAGGAAGCUACGCGAGUUAAUUCAGCAGGAAAAGCAGCUGCGACUUCCUGUGCAGGAUGAGUCGUUUCUGAUGCGAUUUUUGCGUCCCAAGAAAUACUAUCCAGACAGUACAUUUGAUAUGAUGAAAGCCUUCUACCGUAUGAAAGCGAGAGAAAACUUCAUCUCCGACAACUUGACCACGGCAUCAGUCAAAAACGCGCUAGAGGAUCGUGUGGUACAGAUUUUGCCCAAGCGCGAUCAGCAUGGACGACGCAUUCUGUACAUGGAAAUGGGAGCAAAGUGGAACUGCACCAAGGUACCUGCGCUGGAGGUGAUCCGCUGUACCAACAUGCUAAUGGAGACGGUUGGCCACGAACCGGCAACCCAGCUGAACGGCAUCGUGUUCGUCAUCAACUUCGACAAGCUGUCCCUGUCGCACAUCAGCCAGUUUCCGCCCAAGUUCGUGAAGACGGUCGUGGACCAUGGGCAGAAGAACUCACCCUACCGCAUCAAGGGCAUACACAUCGUGAACAAUGCGCGCAUGUUUAACAUUUUCUUCAAGAUAUUCAAACCAUUUCUGGGCAAGAAGUGGAGCCAGCGGAUCUUUCUGCACGGUGUGGAGUUUAAAUCACUGCACGAACACAUCGAGCCGGACUGUUUGCCCUCGUUUCUGGGUGGAUCGUACGAGCUGUCGGUCGAGUACGAUGGAGCAGUUAUCGGGCAGCUGUUGGACUGUUACAAGGCGAAAUUUGAGGAGGAGGAGAAGUAUGGCUAUGUUGGGGAGGUCAAAGAAUCGUAAGCUAUGCAGUGGGAGUCGAG